AUGGCUGCAGUUUACGCCAAUGGCGCGAAUGGCGUGAACGGCGCUGGCAGCAUGUUCCCACCACCACGAUACUCGGACGUGCCCAGCUCCAUCACCAUCUCGGUCGCCGACGAUGAGGGAGGCCAGCUCGAUGUCGAAAUUCCCCUAGACGAGCAGAUCCAGGACGACCCAACCGAGCUAUGCGACAUCUUGGAGGCUGAGAAGAGCGCGACAUCGACGUGGGUGCAGGUCGCUGUCGCCUAUGCGAAGCGCAAGAGGAUAGAGACGGCUAUAGAUGUGCUGAGACAGGCCACUCAAGUCUUCAAUCGCGCGCGCGGUGAGGACAGGCUCAGCAUCCUCAACGGUCUCUGCUGGCUGUACCUGCUCAAAUGUCGCGAAGCACCGCGCGUUAGGCCUCAAAACGCAGAUGGUGAUGUCAAAUUGAAAGAGUACUGGAUCCAGUCGGCUACCGGCGUACUCAACGAUGCCUCCCGUAUCAGCCCCUCGCACCCCCCACUGUUCCUCGCUCGUGGUGUCUUAUACCUCCUCAAGGCCUCACUCCAGGGCCCUGCAACUGCUGCCGGCUCUACUGUCAGCCCAGAGCGCAUGGAAACUCUCAAGCAGGCCGCGAAAUGCUUCGAAGACGCGCUGAGGGCAUCCAACGGAAGGAACCUCAUGGCCAAGAUGGGCAAGGCCCGUGUUCACUACUCCAUGGGCAAGUGGGCAGACGCCCUGAAGGGUUACCAGAACAUCCUCGAGAGCUCUCCGGACCUCCUCGAUCCAGAUCCACGCAUCGGUAUCGGCUGCUGUUUCUGGCAACUAGGCCACAAGGACGAAGCUGCCAGCGCCUGGCAAAGAUCUCUCGAGCUGAACCCAAAAUCAAAGAUUGCCCUGAUUCUGCUUGGUAUCUACAACUUCCAGCAGACCGCCAAUCUUUCCACCUCUGACCCCAAGUUCGCCGCACUGAUCAAGAAGGCGACUGGUGAAUACAUCCAACCCGCUUUGAAGAUCGACAACCAGUACCCCUUGAGUUGUGCAACAGUUGGUAGCUAUCUUGCUCUGAGGAGGGAUCUCGCCAAGACUGAAGAUGUUGCAAAGCGUGCCAUCGAGCUUACCGACACCAACGCCAUAGCCAGCGAUGGUUGGUACCUACGAGCCAAGGUUGCGCAUCAACAGGACAACACUUCACUUGCUGCAGAGUACUACCAAAAGUCCGACCAGGCUCGAGGAGGCGAGGAGCGGGGUUUCAUACCAGCCAAGUUCGGACUUGCUCAGAUGAACGUCCUAAUGAACAACUACGACGGCGCCAAGUUCCGCCUCGAGAAGAUCCUCCAGCAAUCGCCUAACGUGGAAGCGCAGACACUACUUGGCACCUUGUUCGCUGAAGACGUUUUCGCCGCUCAGAACAGCAAGUCCACCGAAGACAAAUCCGCAGAGUUGAAAAAGGCAUUGAAAUAUCUCGAGAGCGUGCAGAGCGCAUGGAAGGACCCAAAGAAGAAAGUCACUCCUGACCAGUCGGUACUGCUCAAUCUGGCCCGACUGUACGAGACCGACCACCCUGAGAAGAGCUUGAAGUGUCUUGAAGAGGUAGAGCAGAUGGAGAUUGAAGCCAUCCCAGAGGAAGACUACCCAGAAGGAGUUGAAGAGGGUGCCGAACUCACAGCAGCACUGCGCCAGCUCCUGCCGCCUCAACUGCUUAACAACAUGGGUUGUUUCCAUUUCCAGGCCGAACGCUACGUACGUGCUCAAGAACUUUUCCAGGUGGCACUCAACGCCUGUGUCAAUGCAGAGAACCGCGACGAUACCAUCGACACAGACGCGCUCGUCACUUCCAUCAGUUUCAACCUUGCCCGAACUUACGAAGCUGAGGGCCAAGCGGAGGAGGCGAAGAAGGUGUACAACAGUCUGCUUCAACGACACCCCGAUUACGUCGACGCGCGCAUCCGUCUUACCUACAUCGCCUUGAGGGAGAACCCACAAGACGAGGGUCCUAGAGCAAUGAAGGAUCUCUUUAAAGAAAACGAGGAUAAUGUCGAGGUGCGAGCCCUGUAUGGAUGGUAUGUCAACAAGUCGAAGAAGAAGACCUCCAACUUUGCAGCGGAUGAUGAGCAACGAGUCUACAAGCAUACUCUGCAGAAGUCCGAUAAGCAUGACCGUUACUCGCUUAUGGGCAUGGGCAACAUUCACUUAGCCAUCGCGCGUGAGAUGCCUCGAAGUUCAGAACAGGACAAAGAGAAGCGACGGAAGGGCUACGAGCGAGCAGUGGAGUUCUUCGACAAGGUGCUGCAACUCGACCCAAAGAACGCAUAUGCUGCUCAGGGUAUCGCAAUCGCACUGGUAGAAGAUAAGAAGGAUUACUCGACAGCCCUGCAAAUCUUCAGCAAGGUCAGAGAAACACUCAAAGAUCACAGUGUCUUUGUCAACUUGGGACACACAUACUGUGAGGUCAAGCAGUAUGCGAGAGCAAUUGAAAACUACGAAGCAGCCCUGUCUAGAAACAGGCACAAUGACCCAAAGAUUCUGGCUUGUCUAGGACGAACUUGGUAUCUCCGAGCCAAACACGAACGCAGCAUUGCCGCAUACCGAACAGCUCUCGACUACUCAAAGCAAGCCCUCAAGGCCGCUCCCGCAGACCUCAACUCUCAGUUCAACGUCGCUUACAUCCAAUUCCUGAUCGCCACCGAGAUCAACAAGCUUCCAGAGACGCAGCGCACGCUCGAGGAAGUUGACGAGGCUGCGACAGGUUUGACCGAGGCGAUCGAAGCACUUGACAAGCUUGCUAAGGAGGAGGCACCACCUUUCCCACGUGCAGACAUUACCAUGCGUGCAGACAUGGGUCGCAACACCAUGGUAAAGCAGCUCGAGCGCUCUCGCGAGAAGCAGGCAUCAUUCGAGGGUGAGAACGCGACCAAGCUCGACCAAGCGCGCCGCAUUCGCGAAGCUGAAGUACGUCGCCGUGAGGAAGAGAAGGCACGCGCGGAGGCAGAAGCUCUGGAGAAGAAGCGCAAGUACGCCGAAGAGCAACAGCGCCUCCUCCAGCGCGACCGCGAACUUAUGGAGAAGCGUAACGAAGAAGAGCGUAGACGCAUGGAAGAGGAUGAGGACAAGGAAGUCCGCAAGGCAGAGCGGAAGGCGCGUGGGCCUAAGGGCCCGAAGCGGAAGAAGAAGAACGCGGACUCUGAUACCGACGAUGGCUUGCCCUCUGACGACGAUGAGCCGCGCUCAAGGCGUAGGAGGACCACGGCUAGCGGCACCGAAGACCUAUCCGACGAGGAGCGACCCCGUGAGAAGAAGAAGAGGAAGCUGGCUCGCAAGAGCGAACCCGCCGGUAAAUACAAGUCCGCAGAGUUCAUCGAUGAUGAGAGCGACGAAGAGGCUGCCGCGCCCACCGGAGAUGCGGACAAGGCUGAUGCAGCGGCGGGCAGCGACGAUGAAGGCGCUGCUGCUGCGGCUCCCCGUCCUCGCAAAGCUCGUGUCGUCGACGACGAAGACGAAGAUGACGACGCCAUCGCUGCGCCGAAAGCUAACGGUGACGUCGCCAUGGAUGAUGAUGAGGAUGAGUAG